AUGCGGCGGGCGGCCGGGGCCGGCGGCGCGCGGCCCGGGCAGCCACUGGGGGGCGCCCUGCGUCCCGACCCCGCUGCCCGCUCCCGGCCCGCGCCCGCACAGACCCCCAGCCGAGGCCGAGGCCGGGGCCGGGGCCGGGGCCGUCGGCUCGCCGAUGACCCGCAGGCCGCGAGUGCGUCGCCAGACUUGGCCCCGGCCCCUGAUGUCUUCUCCGUUUGGGUGCGGCUGGAGGAGACCGGGGAGAUGUUCCGGGUGGCAAACUGCUACGGCGACAUGACCGUGCGGGAGCUCAAAGAGGAGCUGGACCUGAUGGUCGCCAUCCCCUUCGACCUCCAGCGACUCCACUACCUGGACCAAGGAGUUUUGCUGGAUGACACCACCCUGAAGUUCCAGGAUCUUGUUCCUGACGGGAUUAUCUCCCUGUGCAUCUGGCAUUACGAUGGCUGGACAGAGCUGAUCUUGGCAGCCAUAGAUGGGGACCCCAGUAAGCUGUCCUGUCUCGGGAUCACCGAGGACUCCUUCUACCGAACAGCACACUCUAAGCACUUUGAAGGUGAGCAGUGGAAGCAGUGGACAUCCCAGAGGGCGUUUGUGGCCUUGUACAUCUGCUCCCACAGAGGCCACACUGAGGCUGUGCGGUACCUUCUAGCACAAGGCACCAACUGUGUCAGCAAGUCCCCAGUGGGCAGGACGCCCCUGCAUGUGGCAGCAGCCAUGGGUCGGCUGGACUGCAUAAGCCUCCUGAUGAAGCACGGGUUCUCCAUCCAUGACAGGGACAACAAGGGGGAGACCGCCCUCACUGUCGCCCGCCGCCUGAACCGAAAGAAGUGCGAGAAGAGGAUGUUUUUGCUACACUGCAUGGCCAGGUCUGGGGCAAAGGACCCCCGCACCUUGCACAUGAAGGACAUCCUUCGGAGAGCCACCACCUCUGGCUUUGAGUCCAACAACAGCUGGCAUUAG